GGUGCGUUCUAUCGGCGCUUAACUGCAAUGCCUUGUUUACUCGCACAUGGCAGUUAAUGGUCGUCUCUCUGAGCAGAGUCCGUGUUCAUCUGCGUUUUAUCAUUCCAAGACUUUGUAGUUAGGUGAAAUUAACACAAAAGGAGAAAAUAAUGUCGCAGUUACAGGCGAGGUUCUUCACAGAAGACAAGAGGUACAUUGUGGACGAUGUUCCGUUUUCCAUUCCUGCCAGCUCUGAAGUGGAGGACCUUGGCAACAUCAUCAACAAGCUGCUGUUGGCUAAAAAUGCAUCCCACAGCAAAGUGGAGUUUGACUUCCUGGUCCGGGGUCAGUUCCUGCGGACGUCACUCUCCUUUCACAUGGAGACAGAAGGAAUAUCAACGGAAGAAGUGGUUGAGAUCGAAUACGCUGAGAAAAUUACAGCCCCGCAGCCAGAAGAGUGUAUGAUGCACGAUGACUGGAUCAGCUCUGUGGAUGCAGACAACGAAUGGAUCCUGACAGGUUCAUAUGACAAGACUGCCAGGAUUUGGUCUCCGGAAGGCAAGGCCAUGAUGACAGUGGCAGGACACACAGAUGUUGUCAAAGACGUAGCCUGGGUUAAAAGAGAUGGUCUAACCUCACUUCUUCUAACGUCAUCUCUUGACCAAACCAUUUUGAUGUGGGAGUGGAACUCUGAGAAGAACAAAGUGAAAGCAAGACACUGCUGUCGUGGACACACAGGCAGUGUGGACACUGUUGCCACGGACCCCACUGGCUCAAAGUUCAGCUCUGGCUCAUGGGACAAAAUGUUGAAAAUCUGGUCAGCAGUGCCUACAGAUGAAGCAGACGAGGUGGAGGAACCCGCUGACAGGCCGAGGAAGAAGCAGAAGACUCAGCAGCUGGGUCUGACCAGAACUCCCCUAAUGACUCUUUCUGGACACAAUGAGGCAGUGUCUUCCGUACUGUGGAGUGACACUGAGGAAGUUUGUAGUGCAUCCUGGGACCACACAAUCCGUGUGUGGGAUGCUGAGACUGGUGAAAUGAAGACGACGUUGACCAGCACUAAAGUGUUCAACUGCAUUUCCUACUCACCUCUGUGCCGAAGACUGGCCUCAGGAAGCGCUGACAGACACAUCCGACUCUGGGAUCCACGCACCAAAGAUGGAUCACUGGUACUGUUGUCUUUGACCUCACACCAUGGCUGGGUCACUGCUGUGAAGUGGUCACCUUCCCAUCAGCACCAGCUGGUCUCAGGCUCAAUGGACAACCUGGUCAAACUGUGGGACACCAGAAGCUGUAAGGCUCCUCUGUAUGACCUGGCUGCCCACGAGGACAAAGUGUUUUGUGUCGACUGGACAGAAAGUGGGCUGAUGUUGAGUGGAGGAGCUGAUAACAAACUCUACUCCUUCAAAUACUCGGCCUGUCAGACAGAUGCAGGGGCAUAGUCCAGGACUCAACACCCCGUAGAAUUUGUUCUUUAUCAUGCUCGUUGUGUCAUUGUCCUCUGAAUUUUUAUGCAUAUGGACUUUAUUCUAAUGAAGCCUCUUAAUUUUCCAUACGGAAGAUUAAAAAAUAUAUAUUUGUAUCUUAAAAAUGUUGUCAUUUCACCUUAAAGUGUAUCUAAUAAACCUUGAUAUGUUUCUUUAUCCAACAAAAAACGUUUAAAUAAAGGCUCAUGAAGAAUAUUA